CGCACCGCAAACAGCGUGUACAAAGCCGGCGGACUACGCGCCCAUAGCGCAGCAUCGCGUCACAUCACUGAAGUGUCGCGGUCUCCUGCUCCGGCGACUAGUUGCAGCCGGCGAGUCCCCUCGUCACGCGUUCACGGCGGUCAUCAAGCCGUAAUUGACCUUACAAGAACAUCAGAAUGAAGAGUAUGAUGAUAAACAUACCAUUAGCGGUGCUUGCGACGGCGUUACUGUGCCAGUCGAAAACAGAAGCUGCCACUACUGCUGUCAAGUUUUGCGGGCGCCAAUUGGGCGAAAUCAUGAGCAGAGUUUGCCACGCAUACAAUAGUCCCUCUUGGGACGUACCUACUGUGGUAGAGCAAACGGGUGCCGUGGUGCGGCGGAAACGGCAACUAGGCAUAGCAGAUGAAUGUUGUACAAUAGGAUGUACAUGGGAACAACUUAGUAAAUAUUGUUCCAUCAGUGCAUAUUCCGAAUCUCCCCUGGAUGACUUAGAAGCGCAUAUGAUAGCAGAUCGUUCGGCUGAACAGGAUGGACCAUCAGCGCCAGCGAUGUUGGGCACGGACAGCACAGCAAGCAGCAGCACAGGCUCAGCUCGCACAGGAAGGGCCGGCUCGGCGCGGCGCGAGGUGGGACGCGCUCGGAGUCGCGGGUACGGGCGCGCUCGGGCACGGGGCCGCCGGUGUUGGUGCCGGCGCAAGCGCCGCUCGGGCCGACGGCGAUCCACUCUCAUGGGUAACACGCGCCUCGUAAAAAGUGUAGCCCGCGCUGCGCCCGUGGUAGGCACCGUGUCGCCCCUUCUAACAUGGGGCCGGACUCUAAACACUGACUUGCCGGCAGCGGACCAAGACCGGUACGCGUACAUUGCAGUCUAUACAUAAUUAAUUUGAGUGGUCGACAGGAGAAACAGCACAUGAAACAUAUUCUAAUUUCGAGGAGUAUAAUUAUAUACAUAAUUAUUAUUAUUUAGAAUUAAUAAAAAUCCGUGUUCAUUUUUAAUUAGAUUCCAUGGCUUGGUGGAUUAUUUUGCUCUGGCUAUGUGAAAAUAGGAUAAGAAUAAUGUGUUCCGUGUAACAUAUCAAUGUUUAACACUUAUUUGUGACUGUUAAUAGUAUCUGAACACAUAACUUGUCUAUAUAUGUCAUAUUUUUGACAAAUAUAUGUAUCUAUGUCAAAAAUAGUUAUUAAUUUUCUACAUAGGACUUCACAGUGUAUAAUAAUUAAUUCCUGUUUAUUACUACUAUUUUUCAGGUAACAUAAUUUAUUAGGGGUUUUCGAACAAAAGCCAUAGCAUAUUAUUAUAAAAAAACCGUCAAUAUCAGAUUAAUUUAUGUAAAAGUUAUAUCUUUAUGUGUUAAUAUAAUAUGUAUUAAUAGAACAUAAUAUAGAGACAAUUAUUAAACAACUAGUAGUUAGUAAU